GAUUACUGCCAUCAAUAAUAACAGUACCAAAAGUAAUACAAAAAUACCACUCAUGUGUUGCUCGCAAAUACAAUGGAAAAAUUGUGUGCUAGCGGUGUUCAAUAAUAAGCCUGGUGAUGUAUGUUCAGCAAAGAAUCAGGAAUAUAUUGAGCAGUAUAUUGAGAAAGGGAUGUUAGACCCUAUGAACGUGUUUUGCAGCGAAUACGACGAUUCGGAUAAAUGCGAUCAAAUACUCAAACAAUUGCCUAAAAUUGAUUCACUUAAACUCAAAUACACGACACUAUUCCCGGCUGUUAUCGAGAUGUUUGAGUCACUUUGAAAUAUUAAGUUUUAUUGUUCAACUUUUAAACUAUUAGCUUAUAUUUCUUAAGCUAUUCAACUUUUUAUAAUUUAUAAGUAUUUUGUUUGUUUUAAUAAUAUUGUUAG